CUUGUAGAUCUCAAAUCACGGCUAUCGCUGUUGAACACAUAUAGAAUCGAUGUCUUUUCAAACGAAUAGUUCAAAAGAAAUGUCAAACUGUUAUAACACAGUUUCAAGUAAUACACCUUCAAUAAAUUUCCAUAUUCAACAAUUACUACACUCAUCAAACAAUGAUACUACUUCAAAUGAUUUGAGCUUAAAAAGAAAUAUAAGUACAACAACAACAGAGAACAGAUAUAGUUCCGGGGGAAAACAUCCGACAGUUUCAUUGAAUGAAUCUCACUAUACAUUAAGUCCAAAUAAAAAAGAUCAAUCCGAUACAAAUACAUCAAUUACACAAUUAUUGAAUAAUUAUGAUCCAGAAAAACUUUCAUUAUUUACAAAAUUAACACAAAAUUUAUGUAGAGAUCUUACUGAAAUACCAUCUGAAUUACAAAGUUUUUUAAAGGCCAAAUUGGACAUUACAAAACUUCUUCAUUAUCUUCAAGAAUCUUAUGAUAAAGAUGUGAAUAGCCUGAGAAAAAAGUUAUUUACCAAUGAACAAAAUCAUCAUCAUCAUCAGUAUCGUCACCAUAACUACCCUCAUGACCUUGAUGGUGAUAAUGGACAAGGUGAAGAAUAUGAGGAUAAUUUGAAAAUUAUUAAGAAUUUAAUAAAAGAUUAUAUGGAAAGUAAAGAAAUUGGGUUAAAAACUCAACCACAACAGGAUGAAUUGAAAUCUUCCAUGUUCUAUUCAAACAAUAAUAGUAAUAAUAAUAAUAUGAAUGAGAAUGAUGUAAAAUAUGCACAAAAAGUUUAUGAAUUUUUAACAAAUGAAUAUGGAACUCAUAACUUAUUACCAUUUAUGUUACAUAAUCCUGUGUCUGGUUAUUCUUCAAUACAAAUUUACAAUAGAAAUACAAUCUCGUCGAAACAAUGUCGACGUCGUAAAGCACGAACUGUGUUUAGUGAUCAACAAUUAAAUGGUUUAGAGCAUCGUUUUGAAACACAACAUUAUUUAUCUACACCAGAACGUAUUGAAUUAGCGAAUCGAUUAAAUUUAUCAGAAACUCAAGUAAAAACUUGGUUUCAAAAUCGACGUAUGAAGCACAAAAAGUUAAAGCGCAGUAUACCAGAUUUACAAUUUACACAAAAUAAUUCAUCUUCCAGAUGUCAAAGUUCUACAGGAGACGAUGAUAGAUGUUCAAGUGUAGAAGACAACGUCAAUAUCAAUAUUUCUUUAACAUCGAAUGGGAUUAUGUUUUCCUCUUCAUCAUCAUCAUCUACCAUAAACGAAAUAAUUGAUAUGACAUCAGGUCGUAGAAUUCAAAAAAAUCAAGACAAUCAUUGUGAUGUAGACACGGAAGUCAAUAAAAAAGAAUUUCAUGGUAAUUAUGUUCAGAAUAACAUUGGAAACUGUAAUUUAUUCUCGAAAAUAUCGUCUCAAAUGGAAGAAUCGAUGGUCACAUCAUCGACUUUAUUACCGAAAUCAACAGCUAUAUCUUCUUCACCAUCGUCAUCAACUUCAUCAACAUUAUCAAUGUUGACAUCUUUAUCUUUCUCAAAUCCAUAUCCUCCUCAUACUUCAAAUAUAAUGCCCAUAAAUGAUAAUCAUCGGAACUGGACAAAUUUCACAUCACAAUUUAAAAUGGAUAAAAUAAAUAACAACUUUCUGAUAUAUGAUCACAGCGAGAAAGAUUAUUGUGAAUCCGCUCUUGACUUUACUACCACUACUACUACUACCACCACUACUACUACUGCUAAUAAUAAUAAUCAUAACUGUAGUGGUGAUUCAAGUCCCAAAGAUAUCUAUGACCAUUACAAACCUUCUAUUAUAUCAUAUGACAUUGAUUCCAUAAACUUCAUGUGUAGCAAAGAUCAUUCAUCAAUGAGAAAGAUAAAACCCGACUGAUCAAGCGUUGCAUUUUUUUCUCUUUUUAUCUAUCUAUCUAUCCAUCUAUUUAUUUGUCUAUCUUUAAAUAUUAUAAGCAGGUUAUGCUAAUAUUCAUUUACUUAAUGAGAAAGUUUGAACUGUGACCAUAAUUAUGACCACAUUCAUAUAAUAUACACCAUACUAUAUAAUUGUAUUCAUGUAAUUUGAGUUUAAUAAGGAUUAUAAAUAAAUGACCAUAUUCAUAUGACUUCUUCCCAAAACAACUCAUCUUACGUAACACUGACCCACAUAAUUAGCUCUAUAACAUAACUAAUAAUAUAUGAACUUAUACAUGUAAUCUCUAUAUAACUAAUACUGUUUGAACUAAAGGCCAGAAUGGCAGACAAAAAAUCAAAUUGUACAUUUGAUUAUAAUCCUUAAUAUGUUCUGUUUAUUUUUCCUAUUUCUAAUCAAAUUUUACAAAUAAUCAUUUUGUUAAACAACUGGUAUACUUAC